AUGUGCCCGCUGCCAGACCGCUGCCCCCCUGGCCAGCCGCGGGGGAGGCCGGAUGAUGCUGGGCGAGGCUUGGAGGCGAGUCCCCCCGCCCGGCCCCGGCUGCAGCAGCAGCGCUCUGAGCACAGGCGCGGACAGGUACCGUGCGGGGCGGGGGGAGCUGCCCGCUCCCAAGGCAGCCGAGAGCCGCUCGCCCAGAGCAUCCCUGGCUGCCGCUGCCUCCAGCCCCCGGUAAGCGCCGCGCCUUGCCCCUGCCUGCCCGCGCCGGGGUCCCGCCGCCCGGGGAUCGAGGGUCCCCCCCCGGCGUUACACGGUCCCGCUGCCAUCCCCGGGCCGGGCUCUGGAGGGUCCCCGUCCCCCUCCCGGCCGGGCGUCACAGGGUCCCGCUGCCCCCCCGGCCGGGCGUUAGAGGGUCCCGUCCCCCCGGGCCGGGCGCUGGAGGGUCCCGCUGCCCCCCCCCGGCCGGGCGUCACAGGGUCCCGCUGCCCCCCCCGGCCGGGCGUUAGCGUGUCCCGUCCCCCCGGGCCGGGCGUCGGAGAGCUGCAGCCGCCGAGCUCUCGGGCGAAUUCACCGGCUGCAAGUUCAACUUCCCGGCGCCGGCUCCGUUCCCAGGCGCAAAAUCGCCGGGCGAGGGAAGUUCGCGGGCGGGGGCGAGACUCCGCUUCCCCUCGGCCCGACGGGCCGGGCAUGGGGAGCUCCCGGCCCCGCCCGAGCGGGGCUUUCCUCGGCCGGGCAGGCAGGGCUGGGAGCGCUGCCCGGAGGGGAGGGACUGUCCGGAAUUCGGGGUCUCUGACCAACCUGUGCCAAGACCCCCCCCCCACCAACAGCCUCCCCCGGCUGCCGCCCCCCCGCUUCAGCCAAGCCGCCCCCCCCACACCCACCCACAAAAGGGAGACAAGUUGA